AUGGCAAAACGACUGAAGCAGAUCCAUGAGGCAUUAAUAAAAGCAGGUGCCGAGGAUCUAUGCUAUCUAUUAAGUGCUAUACCAAUAACCAAGUGUAACAAAUUCGAGGAGUUAGUAGCAAACGAACUGGACGUGGAAGAUGAAACGAGUGUAGCGUGAGAAUUUAUAUAUCUAAAUGCAAUGAUGAAGUCAGACGAUCUCAAGCUUUUACAAACUAAUAAAGAAAUAUACCGUGAUAUCCUUAAUGGACGAAUAUGCGCUAAACCUAAAAAUGAACGUGAAGAGAAAGAUUUAGUGAAAGAAAUACAGGAGACAUUAAUACAUGAAUGCAAUGAGAUAAUUAGCGAUAUGCAUAUUGUAGAAAUACCAAUAGCUGGUGAUAGUGAGCGGCAAUGCUACAAUUGCUGUAUAAUUAUAUAA